ACGUCGCGUGCGGGAAGAGCCACUGGACCACCGUGUUGUCUUGGCAACGUAUCGUUACCAACGAAACCAGACAACACGAAGGACCCAAAAUUAUUUUUUUAUUUCACAGAACUCAAAAGGAAAAACAAAUAGAAGAAAAAAGAAAAACAUAAGAGAGAUAAAGAACGAAAGAAACAGAGCACAAUACAAGGAAAUCCUGCGAUUUCGAAGCAGAAGAAGGACAACAACAAACAACUUUGGUGGUCAGCAUCCAUAUCGAUACCAACAAGACACGCUUUUUUGUUCAAUCUUCAUAGCGGGGGCAUGCCUUAAAAGUAAGAGCUGUGGUUCCUAGUCCUUUGGAAAGAAAUUCUGUAGUUCUGGGUUAGCAAUGGCUCCCGGAGGCAGUGCUUUCAAAGAAGUUCUUGAAUCUCAUCUGAUGUCUUCAGAUUAUGAAUUAGGCAAAGCAAAAUCUGAGGCCAAGAGUAACAGUACAUUUGCAAAAUCCAGUGUUGGGUUGAAUGGAAAGAACGGGAUUAGUUCAAAUAAUGAUGUGUAUGACUUACUUGGAUGCCCUGUUUGCAAGAAUUUAAUGUAUCCCCCAAUUCACCAGUGCCCAAAUGGUCAUACAUUAUGUUCCAAUUGUAAAAUUCAAGUCCAUAAUCUCUGCCCAACCUGUCACCAUGAUCUUGAGAACAUAAGGUGUUUGGCGUUGGAGAAAGUGGCAGAAUCUUUGGAGCUCCCUUGCAGAUAUCAGAGUCUAGGUUGUCAUGAUAUAUUCCCAUAUUAUACUAAGCUUAAACAUGAGCAAAAUUGUGGAUUUCGUCCAUACAAUUGUCCCUAUGCCGGAUCUGAGUGCUCUGUGAUGGGUGACAUUCCAACUCUCAUUGCCCAUCUCAAGGAUGACCACAAGGUUGACAUGCAUGAUGGAUGCACCUUCAAUCAUCGAUAUGUUAAAGCAAAUCCACAUGAAGUUGAAAAUGCCACAUGGAUGCUAACUGUUUUUAAUAGUUUUGGAAGGCAUUUCUGCUUGCACUUUGAGGCGUUCCAGCUUGGCACAGCUCCAGUUUAUAUGGCUUUUUUACGGUUUAUGGGUGAUGAUAAUGAGGCAAAGAAAUUCAGCUAUAGCUUGGAAGUUGGUGCAAAUGGCCGCAAACUUAUAUGGCAAGGAAUUCCUAGGAGCAUUCGUGAUGAUCAUAGAAAAGUUCGAGAUAGUCAAGAUGGACUUAUAAUUCAGAGGAACCUAGCCCUUUAUUUUUCUGGUGGUGAUAGACAAGAAUUGAAGUUAAGAAUCACUGGUCGUAUAUGGAGAGAAGAUUGAGAGAUGUAAAUAUGGUAAUGUUAGGUGUAACGAUUGUUUUAAGGUUUUGGUGUCUGCUAAGAA